AGGGAUCUGAUAGGGUCCGUUCUGAUUCGGGAAUUGGAAGGCCGUGGCUGGCCUGCCAGUGGAUGGAAUGUGAUGAUGUAGCGAGAUAGGCCAAGAAAGAAUGGCAUGGGUUGAGAGAGGAAAAUGCAUUAUCAGACCAAGGCAAGCUAAUGACAGGGAAGUGGGGGACGAGGUUCUUUGGGUGAAAGUGGAAAGAACCUGGAAGGGGAAAGGGAAAUGGAAAGCGAAAGGAGGAAGGAGCUUGAGGAGGAAAGGACAAAGCUCACAAUUGAAUUCAGUUGAACCUGCGGAAGGCAUGUCCAGCAACCGCUACCUGCGCUACACCUCACUCAACCGCUCGCCCACCCCUCCACCCCCUCUGUUCUGCACCUACACCCCGGCCCUUAGUUCGGUGGGAUGGGAUAGAGUAGUUGGUACCAUGGUCUCGUGGGAUUAGGUUGGAUUGGAUUGCCAUCGGUAGCGUCUGAAUGUAUCCCCUUUAUUGCUCUCAAUAUUGUCACUAGCU